CGCAUUUCCAGCUGUUGUAAUCGGACACGCUUUUCAUGUAAACUUAUUUCUUUCUGUGUAAUAGUAGUGAUUUGUUUUACUUACGUCUCCGCAACACACUCUAAUGUCGAGGCAAGGAACGAGGCUUGACCAAAAGAAAGUCAACUCAGAACUGUUUACGUUGACUUACGGAGCGCUGGUAUCACAGCUGAUGAAAGACUAUGAAAACGUUGAUGAAGUUAACAAACAACUCGAAAGAAUGGGCUACAAUAUAGGCAUAAGACUAAUUGAAGAUUUCCUAGCCAGAACUGGCACUGGCAGAUGUUACGAUUUUCGCGACACUGCGGAGAAAAUUCAGUCAGCAUUCCGGCUUUAUUUGGGUAUUUCUCCGCAAAUCAUGAAUUGGAGUAGCAGUGGUGAUGAGUUCUCUCUGCAGUUUGACUCCAAUCCACUGACAGAAUUUGUCGAGCUUCCUGAUCACUGUCUCAAUUUGAAGUAUUGCAAUGUCCUCACCGGAGUUCUUAAAGGGGCCUUGGAAAUGGUUCAAAUGGAUAUAGCCUCAUGUUUUGUGCAAGAUCAUUUGAAAGGAGACCCAUGCACUGAAUUAAGGGUCAAGUUUAUCAAACGCCUGGAAGAUGCCAUACCUGCUGGCGAAGACUGAAUACAUAUGUUGUGUUACGUGAUAAAAAGUAUUAUACCAACUUUUUGGGUUCAUUGUGUAACUCAUCAUAUUUUGUUUAUUAUAUUAUUUUUCUUUUUAAUGUUUAAUAUUGUCUAUUUGGUUAGGUGGUAUAGUUUUGUAGAUCUAAAUCCUUAUCAAGGCCAGAACAAAUUUGCUUUUAUUUUGAGGCAGGUUUUUAGGUAGAGUACCUACCUAUUAGUUCAACCUCUUUUCGGAGAGAAAACUUGUAUCGUUUAUUGAAAAAAAUGUACUGAUGGCUUGUAACAGCCAGAGAAGGAAAAUAACUGUCCUUAACCGCUUCUAAAAAUCCUUCUAGUGAGCACAUCUUGAAGGCAUUUAUGAGUUGCAGCGAAUGAGUUAGGGGUACCUAAUGAGUGUGUUGUCUUCAGUAGAAUAACUUCUCCAGAGACACCUUAAAGAUUCUCGGUUUUUUUUAUAAAAAGGUAUUCUACAGUUAAUGUAAUUUUUUGAGAGAUUCUCUAUGAAGUAUUCUUUCUCUAGCAAGAAAAGAAGAAAGGAGGAGGAGUAGACAUCGUAACAAACUCCUCUCAAAGAAUAUGAGAGACACACCUUUUAAAAAAACUGUUCGAAAUUUCUUGGAAGAAAUCACCGGAAGUGUUUUGUAAAGGUUCCCUACACCUUCUACUUCUCCAAAAGUUUUGCUUAAAGUUUACAAUGAAUUGAUUCAGUUUCGAAAGAGAAUCCAAGCAAAAUAAUUUAAUAUGGAGAAAUAUUGUUCAGAGUUUUCUUUUUCAUUCGACUCUGUGUAAGAAAUGAAUUGUGAGUCCUUGUUCAUAGAAUUUCAGAUAGGUACUUUUCAUAGUCUCAGAAUUUUUGACAUGAGAAGGUAAGACACCAAUUAAGUCCUUGACACCAACAACUCUAUUUUUUUGCAUAAAUUUAACUUGAUUUUUUCAGCAAAGUCAGUCUAAAGUGUCAAGUUUUUUUCACGCUUGUUAAUUUUCCAACUUACUCUGUAAUUACACUUUCUAAAAGUUUAAGCACCCACAUAAUUUGUAAAAAUUUCAAGUUAAAGCAUACAAUUUUGGCUUUGAGAAUGUAAUACCUAGUGUGUUUGAAUAUGCUUGAUACACUCAAAUGAAAUAAAAAUACACUUUCAACUAGA